CUCAAAUUAUUUUACUUUCACUGUUAGUGAUGUACUAGUGUUGUUUUACUUAUGAAUCGCUAAUUUUUCCUCAAUUAUAUCCUUCAGAUACUAAUAAUUAUCCCAUUGUUGAAUUUUAUUUGUUGAAAACUACCCUCAUCUUUUAUUUCUCAAUCAACAUACAUUAUUAUUAUGGAAGAGCUAAAAAAGUCAUUGACUGAUGUGUCAGUAAUGGUAUCCACCAAGAUGGAUGAGUUCCAGCAGCGGCUUCUAGCAGCACAGGAAAGGUCUCCAUCCCUGGAGCAAACACCGCUCACUAGGGAGUUUGAAGCUUUCAAAAGUUCCGUUCUAUUCUGCCUUAAGAAUCUUCAGGGACAAAUGGAAAUUCUUUUCAAGGUGCAAGAGGAGCAGGAAAUGCGCAGCAGACGUAAGUGCUUGUUGUUACAUGGCAUCAAUGAAACAAAGGAUGAGAACCCAGGUACAAUAGCUAACAUGUUAUCCGUGCUGCUCAAAUGCCCAAACAUAAGUGAAGCUAGUUUUAGUAGAUGUCACAGAAUGGGCAUAAGACGUGAUGGCAAGCCUCGCCCAGUACUAAUUAAGCUACGGGAACAUUGUGACAAGGACAAGAUUUGGUUGGCUAAAACUGAAUUAAAGGGGACCGGUAUCACCUUAUCUGAGUUUCUGACCAAAACCAGGCAUAAUUUGUUUAUGGCAGCAAGAAGGCGGUUCGGAGUAAGCAAGUGUUGGACCAGGAAUGGCCACAUUUUUGUUAUUGAUGCUAAUGGUGAGCGACGCCGUGUCAAUUCAAUUAAAGAUGUUGAUGCGGCUCCUGCAAGCACCCCACCCUCUACUACCGAUACUAAGGCAGCAUCCCCCAACUUAAAAUCUAGAAACAGGAAGAUUACAAAGAACUGAUUUAAAGUGGGUUAGCUCAACUUCAAAUUAUGUUUCUGUUGCUAGCUGCACACUUAGCAUAUCUUUAAAUUUGUGUCACAUUAAGCAAUCACCAACAACAUUUAGUUUUAAUAACUUGUAUGGGUUAUAUUUGUAUGUGAUUUUCUUGUACUUCUAUGUUCAAUUAUGUGUAUAUAUGCUAGCUGCACACUUAGCAUAUCUUUAAAUUUGUGUCACAUUAAGCAAUCACCAACAACAUUUAGUUUUAAUAACUUGUAUGGGUUAUAUUUGUAUGUGAUUUUCUUGUACUUCUAUGUUCAAUUAUGUGUAUAUAUGCUAGCUGCACACUUUGCAUAUCUUUAAAUUUGUGUCACAUUAAGCAAUCACCAACAACAUUUAGUUUUAAUAACUUGUAUGGGUUAUAUUUGUAUGUGAUUUUCUUGUACUUCUAUGUUCAAGUUUGUUUUUUUGUUUAGGCGAUGAUUGUUUGAUUCUUUGACACUGUCACAUUGGGAUGUGUUCGUGGUACAUGUAGUGAGUUUUAUGUGUUAAACAGUUCUUUCUUUUAGUUUUCAUUUUGUAUUAAUUUUUAAACUGAUCAUUGGUACAUUGUAACCUUCAACUUUGUUUGCUUAUUGUAAUCCUUAGCCCAUUGACAGACUAUAAGUAUUAACAUGAAACGUGACGUGACACUGUCAAAGGUUGUGAUUGUCAGUUUAAUGACCGAUUAUGUGUGUUUCCACAGAUCAUAAAAUUAUUUUUGUGAUCUGUGAAAGUACAUGUUAGGAGAUGUCAUAAGCUUUUACAAUAACUUUCCACUAUAAACGAUAUCUAAAUUCGCUUGUUAAAUUGUUUUUUUAGAUAUAGUUAAAAUUAGUUUAUUUAACCCUUUUAAGUUAAGUUAAGUUUGUUAUUAUUAUUAUUAUUUUAUUUUUUUUAAAGUGUGUGUCUAUAUUAUCUUUUACACUACUAAUAUUAGCGGUUUAUAUAAGUUAAAAAUUUAUAAACUUAGUACACCUAUAGAUAAAUAUCAUUGUUAACACAUGAAUCACGAUAGUGAAGCUACUGAAUUUGCAUCGGUCUCUUCGUCAGAUUACGAUUCUUUCCAUAGCGCUGAAACAUCUCCCCCUCCCUUGCAUUGUAUCCUCACGGCUUUAUUCAAAGACCAAUCCAGACACUUUAAUGCCGUUCAUAUCAAUGCACAAAGCGUUCCUGCUCACCAUUUGGACUUGUUGACAACCUUUGUAUCCAACGAAAUUCAUGCUAUCCUCAUAUCAGAGUCUUGGCUGUCUCCAGCCCUCUCCUCCAUCAGCUAUUCUAUCCCCGGUUUUAACCUAAUAAGAAAUGACCGAGUUGGUAUGCGUGGAGGUGGCGUCGCUAUUUACCUACGAUCGCACAUCCCUUACACUAUUGUCAAUAUGUCUCCACAACCACCACCACCUAAUGCAUGCGAGCAUCUUCUGAUCGAGGUUAUGCUCAGUAAAACAAAAAUUCUCCUUGGAGUGUUCUACUCUCCUUCUCUCUUAGUCGACUAUUUUUCAGGCUUUGAUGAUACUCUUGAAAGGUUUGCGCCUCUCUAUAA